AUGCUGUGCUCUCAUGGAUUCCAGUCUGCCCUCAGUCCAUUCACUGGCCUGUACUACUGGCCUGUAUGCAGUCUGUGGCCAGAGGUCAAACCUCUGCUCCACCAGCAGGAUCUACUGCAGAGAAACCUACAGGAGCUCCGCAGCAGUCUGGAGCUGAUGGACAAACUUCAACAGGAGAUCCUGGAGGAGACGGAGCCUUUCCAAACCAGUGUGGCCGUGAAAGCGGUCUCCUGCCAGCUGGAGGGAGAGGGAGAGCCCUUUGGCCUGACCCUGGACACUCGAGGCUUUUCCCCAGAGGAGCUGUCUGUCAGGCAGGUGGGCCGCAAGCUGAGAGUCAGCGGGAAGACAGAGAAGAAGCAGGAGGACGGGAAAGGCUCCUACUCCUACAGACGCCAGGAGUUCAGACAGGAGUUUGAUCUGCCUGAAGGACAGAACCCUGAGGCCGUCACCUGCUACCUGGAUCCAGACGGGAAGCUCCACAUCCAGGCAGCCAAAGCUCCAUGUGAGGAGGAGGCUGAGAGAGAGCUGACUAUCAAGAGGAGCUUGGAGGAGAAGACACAGCAGAGUGUGUGUUCCCAGACACAAGGAAGCAGCACACAGGACAAACCUGAGAACAUGGAGGCAUCUGAAUGUUCUUGA